AUGAAAGAGAUCCGCAACACUGUGCCAAGCAUGUUCAGCCGAGUCAUCAUCUAUGAGAAUGGAGGUGAGGAUGUCGGAGGAGACCGUGGCAUAAAUCCUCUUCAUCUUGAUGCUUCAAAGUUUCGCAUUCGGAGAAUUGACCCAGAGGUAGAGGAACAAUUAGAUAGGAUUGUCAUGAACACUGUUGCUACAGGGGAGUAUGCUUGGACACCUUCUUCUGGAAUAAUUCCAUCUGAGUUUGAAAAGCCUUUUAACGAUACUGAAACCUUACAUACACAACUUGAGAGUAGUGAUGAUGAUCUAGAGACGCCUAAUAUUGAUGGAUUUCCUAGAGAGAAAAAUAAUAAAAGAUCAACCGAGCCACUUGAGAAACAAAAUAAAAAAGUAAGAAAUGGAAAAAGGAAAAUGAAGAAGACGCGGUCUAUAGUAAUAUUUGAACAAAUUGGUCGUCUUGCUGAUGUCGUAGAGACAAGAAGUAGAAAUAUUGAAACAGCUAGAAAGGAGAAUAGUAUUGCCGAAGUUAUAAAAAUAUUAAAUUCUUUGCCUAGAAUUGAGAAAGGGGGCGACUUGUAUUUAUUUGCAACUCGCUUAUUUAUCAUGAAAGAGAAGAGAGAGAUAUUUGCUUCAUUGGAAGAACCAGAGUUGAUGCUUACUUGGCUCAAGAAUAAGCAUACUCUGGAUCAUGAUAGUAGUAUUUAUUUUCUAAACUUUGUGUUAUGA